UAGUUGCUGUCUGGAUAAGAGAGAGAGAGAGAGAGAGAGAAGAGAAGAGAGAGAAAUGCGCACUGAGGAGGAGUGAGAAAAGACACAGACUCAGAUCGAGGAGAAAGAAAAAACAAGAAAGACAGAAAGAAAGGGACGGGACUAAGAGUCGGGGCUGACUUGAUUUUCUUAAUAUACAAGCUCUUUAAAGAGAUCGAAGCUCGGCUUGGGUUUUUUAAGAAGGUUAGAAGGUUAGAAGCAGACCCGGUUCCUCUUCCUGUUCUCCUGUCACUGGGCCUCAGGCCUGAUCCAAUCUGUCUGCCAUGGUACUGAUCCUGGGAAGACGGCUAAACCGGGAGGAUUCGGGUGUCCGCGAGUCUCCUGCCGUCAAGCGCAAGGUUCUGGAGAUGGACACAAAGACUCUGAGCAGUCAUGACGUGUUCGACUUCUCCUCAGGCCCGAGCCAUGCUGAGAGCAUCCUCCAGAUGUUCAACGAGUUCCGUGAUGGCAGGCUCUUCACUGACGUGGUGAUCAGCGUGGAGGGUCGUGAGUUCCCGUGUCACCGCGCCGUGCUGUCGGCGUGCAGCAGCUACUUCCGCGCCAUGUUCUGUAACGACCACCGCGAGAGCCGCGCCAUGCUGGUGGAGAUCAACGGCAUCCGCGCAGACGCCAUGGACACCUUCCUGCAGUACGUGUACACGGGCCGGGCGCGCAUCACCACCGACAACGUGCAGUUCCUAUUCGAGACGUCCAGCUUGUUCCAGAUCGGGACGCUGCGUGACGCCUGCGCCAAGUUCCUCGAGGACCAGCUGGACCCGUGUAACUGCCUGGGCAUCCAGAGAUUCGCCGACGCCCACUCGCUCAAGCAGCUCGCUAACCGGUGCCGUAACUACGCCCUGCAGAGCUUCGCCGAUGUGGCGCAGCACGAAGAGUUCCUGGACCUGCGCCGUGACGAGCUCGAGGAGUACAUCUCCAGCGACGAGCUCGUCAUUGGUAAGGAGGAGACGGUGUUCGAGGCCGUCAUGCGCUGGGUCUACCACGACAUCGAACACCGGCGUGCCGUCCUGCGUGACCUCCUGACGCACGUCCGCCUGCCGUUGCUGCACCCAAACUACUUUGUGCAGACCGUCGAAGGCGAUCAGCUCAUCCAGAACGCGCCAGAGUGCUACCAGCUGCUGCACGAGGCACGGCGAUACCACGUCCUGGGCAAUGAGAUGAUGUCACCUCGGACACGCCCACGCAGGUCCACGGGUUUCUCAGAGGUCAUCGUGGUGGUGGGCGGCUGCGAGCGAGUCGGAGGCUUCAACCUGCCGUACACCGAGUGCUACGACCCCGUCACAGGAGAGUGGAAGUCACUGGCCAAACUUCCCGAGUUCACCAAGUCCGAGUACGCAGUGUGUGCUCUCCGCAACGACAUCCUGGUCUCAGGAGGUCGCAUCAACAGCAGAGAUGUGUGGAUGUACAACUCACAGCUCAACAUCUGGAUCCGAGUGGCGUCGCUGAAUAAAGGACGCUGGAGACACAAAAUGGCCGUCUUACUGGGAAAGGUGUAUGCAGUGGGCGGUUACGACGGUCAGUCGCGCCUCAGCAGCGUCGAGUGUUACGACUCUUUCUCCAACCGCUGGACGGAGGUAGCCCCCAUGAAGGAGGCCGUGAGCUCCCCGGCGGUUGCCGGCUGCGUCAACAAGCUCUUCGUCAUCGGAGGAGGCCCUGACGACAACACGUGCUCUGAUAAGGUCCAGUGCUACGACCCGGAGUCAGACUGCUGGUUGCUAAGGGCCAACAUCCCCAUCGCUAAGCGCUGCAUCACCGCCGUGUCCCUCAACAACCUCAUCUACGUGUCAGGUGGCUUGACUAAAUCCAUCUACUGCUACGACCCCAUUGAGGACUACUGGAUGCACGUCGUGCAUACCUUCAGCAAACAGGAGAGCUGUGGGAUGUCAGUGUGUAAUGGGAAGAUCUACAUCCUGGGCGGUCGCAGCGAGAGCGGCGAGGCGUCGGACACCAUCCUGUGCUACGAUCCGGCCACAGGGAUCAUCACAGGUGUAGCGGCGAUGCCACGCCCCAUCUCCUACCACGGCUGCGUGACCAUCCACCGCUAUAACGAGAAGUUCUACCACUCAUGACCCCCUUAGCUCUUUCCUCCUCACACACACACUGAGCCGAGGAUCAGGUGUCGAGCGUGUGUGUGUGUGUGUGUGUGUGUGUGCUAGUUAAAGCCAUUACUGCACAGUGUACAGACUGUGUGUGUGUGUGUGUGUGAGAGAUCCAGUGUAUGAUAGUUUUAGUAUUUACACUGUAAACUUGUAAUCUUGUAAAAAUGCGGUAAAAGCUGCUCACAGGAAACUAAUAACAGUUUUAUUGACUAUAAUUCUGUAAAUGCAGUUACAGUAAAAUCCUCCUUUUAAGAAUCAAACACAGCAAUUAAUAUUUUAAUUGAAUAAUUAUUUAAUUCUAUUUCAUUCCCAGCUGGAAAAACAGCAAUAUUGGAAAAUAUCAUUAAAUAUAUUUUUUAAAUAGUACAUUUCUGUGUUUAAGGCACGCAAGUAACACAGUAAAUGGACAUUUUAUUUUAUUUUAUUUUAUUUUACUGUUAUUACUAAAUAAAUAUUUUAUUAUUUUUAUUUUAUUAUUUAUUUCUGGUUCCUAAUACGGUUAUUAGUUUUCUCCUGGCAUCUUUUACCACAUUUUUCCUUUUUUUUUUUUUUUUUCCUUCUCCAACACAUUACAGCUGGCAGGUCCCUCCAUUUGCCCUGUGACCUUUGACCCCUUGUAUUAUUAUUAUUAUUAUUAUUAUUAUUAUUAUUUUUUAACUAGGGUUCUCCACUGGUAGCCUUUUUUUUUUGCUUUAAUUAUUACGUUACUCUUCUUAUGUUAUCGUCAUUGUUGUUAUUUUAUUCAGGUGUGUGUGUUUGAUGGUGUGUGCGGUGUGUGGAGAUCUUUUGGCCGUCAUAUUGGACCGUUUUAUGCAGUGUGUGUGUGUGUGUGUGUGUGUGUGUGUGUGUGUGUGUGUGGUUUGAUGAUAUUUACUCGACUCGACACUGUGCUCUGCGUGUUUUCAGGAAAUAAUUUAAGAACUUUAAAGUUAUGGUGAAUUUAUUUGUACGCAGUCGUGGACUCGUCUUUGUGUUUAUUCCUGAUCAUUAUCUAACCAGUAAGAGUAUUCUUCUUUUUCUUCUUUUUUUUCUCCCUUUUUUAUAUUAUUCUUGUCAGGUGAAAAUCUUUUUUUUUUCAAAUAUCUAAUAUGAUUUUCAGGGCCUCUUUUAUUCGUAAUUAUUUUCUUUUCUUUUAUCUAAGCCCUAAAAUGACACAUUUAGUCUCUGAAAUCUGUAUUUUUUUUGUUGUAAAUAUAAAUUAAAUCCUUUUUUUUUUACUGUAUCAGUAAUUUUUUAUAAUGAUACCAACAAUUUCUUACUGUAAUUAAAAGGAAAAAAAAUUCUUGAAAGAUGUAGCAGCCACAAAUUCAACGUGAGUGUGUUUGUGUGUUCGAGUUUUAUGGAAAUUUGAGAUCUUUAAAUUGAAAGUUUUUUUCUUCCAGAAACAUUUUUCACUGCUCCCUGUACGGUCGCAGUUUUUAUAGUUGAGUGCAAAAGUUUGCACACCCUGAGGACCAAAAAAAAAAAAAAAAGAAAGAAAAUAAGAAUUUGAAUUAAAUGUAUUUUUAGUUUUCCUUAGUCAUCACAAAAUGGUGAAAUUGUGCAUAUUAAUAUUUUAAUAGUGAAAAAAUUCAAAAUGAUAUCAGUUAGAAAGUUUGUGAAUAUUCUCGAAUAACUUUAAUAUCAACUUUUUUCCUUCGUAACGUCCUCUAACAAGACAAGACUUAUUUUAUACAUUUUUUUUUAUUUAAUUUCUGGCUCAUGUUUUGUCUUGUUGCCUUGGAGACAGGAUAAACCAAUGUUUUAUUCUUAAUGUCUUGGGAUUAUUUGCAGAUUAUUUGUAAAACAGAAAAUCUUCCUGUUUUCACUUUAAAUGAACAAGCAAAACUAUAUAUUAUUUUUUAACAAAUAGGGAUGCAAACUUUUGCACUGGACUGUGUAUUAACUCUCAUAAACGAAUGUAUGCGACAUUAAAUCACAUGUUUGAAUCAGUCAGCUGGUUAAAACCUGAAAUUGAAAAGGUCCAGGACACAUUUGGCUGUGAUGAUUUUAGUUCUUUUAUUAUGUGAGGUUAUAGAGCUGAUUGUGGGUUUCGUUUUAGUUUUUAUUUGGAUGGAUUUUUGGAGAAAACAGUCAGUGAUGUUCGAGUGUUAAUGUAACCGUCACACUGUGGGGUUUUAAACAUUAAAAGUGCCGUAAUUAAUAAUCUGUUUAUUCUGUAUGUUCACUGGCCAUGAUGAAACAACAUGUAAUAAGAGGAAUCCUCGACUCGACUCAUGCAGUGCAUUGUGGGAAUUUUGCCUUGUUGCUCUUUUCAUCCUGAUGUGGUGAACAUGAGAGACAGAGAGUGUUAGUGAGUAUUAAUGAGUAUUAGUGAGUAUUAGUGAGUGUUUCGAGUGUUUCGAGUGUUUGAGAGUGUUUAUUUUAUGGCUUCCUAUCUGUGUAAAUGCAUCACUCACUUGUUUUCUUUAUUUCUUGAGUGAUUGACGUGUGUACGGUGAAAAUGUACUGAACCUGCUUUAAUAAAGUGCGUUUUCUUGUGGGUUUGUAA